AUGCCAUCCUAUGCAAAGUUCCUUAAAGAAAUUAUUUCAAAGGAAAGAAGGUUAGAAGACUAUGAGACUGUUGCUCUUACAGAGGAAUGCAGUGCCAUAUUGCAAAACAAGCUACCACUAAAGCUCAAGGAUCUAGGAAGCUUCUCCAUACUUUGUCUUAUUGGCAACAUGAAUAUAGACAAGUUGGAUGUAGGAGAACUUAAACCCACAACAAUUUCACUGAAAUUGGCUAACUGGUUUGUCAAGUACCCGAUUGGCAUCCUAGAAAACAUCCCCAUCAAAGUAGGAAAAUUCUUCAUUCCUAUUGAUUUUGUUCUCUUGGAGAUGGAAGAGGAUGUCCAAAUUCCCAUCAUCCUGGGAAGACCUUUCUUAACAACUGCCGGAGCUAUUAUAGAUAUUAAGAAUGGGCGGUUAACUCUCAAGGUAGUAGAUGAAGAAGUCGAAUUCAACAUGUUUAGGGCAAUGAAGCAUAAACUUGAACCUGAUGAAUGCUUAAGGUUUAACAUAGUUGACAAGCUAGUUAAAGAGCAUCUUGAAGAUCCUUUCGAAGCAUUUACAGUGCAUGGCCACACAACAGAUAAUGAAAACACAGAAAUUGUAGUUUGUGCACAAUCUUUAAAAGUUAGCCCAUCCCUACCCUUAGCUCAAGAUUUCCAGAUGGCUCCUAUUCUGUAA